AUGGGUGACACAGCCCCAGCAAAGAAGCCCAACUUCUACUACACAACCGAAAGCGGUCUUCCGAUCAAGGAUCCCCAAGCAACCCUGCGGGUCGGAGCCAAGCUGCAGGGCGUCCAGCUGCUUCAAGACAUCAACCAGAUCGAGAUCAUCUCUCAUCUUGUCCACGAACGUGUUCCGGAACGAGUUGUUCAUGCCAAGGGCGCUGGAGCGAAGGGCUACUUUGAAGUCACCUCGGACAUCUCGGCGUUCACGAGUGCCGACUUUCUGAGCACCGUCGGAAAGAGAACUGAACUUCGUUCUCGUUUCUCGACGACAGCCGGCCUCAGAGGGUCGGCUGACUCUGUGCGAGAUACACGUGGAUUCGCGUUCAAGCUGUACACCGAUGAGGGCAAUCUUGAUUGGGCCUUCUUGAGCGUCCCCGUCUUCCCUAUUCGAGAUGGCGGUAAAUUCCCAUCAUUCGUUCAUGCGCAGAAGGGUACUCCUAAGAACCUCAUCUUCGACACUUCGACCUUCUGGGAAUUCUUUAACGCUAAUUCCGAAGCGUUUCACGCCCUUUUGAUGAUCUUCACCGAUUCAGGCACACCCCAAGGAUAUCAGUUCGCUAAUAUCUUCAGUCUGAACACAUACAGGUUCACUAAAGACGCGAACACUUUCUUCUACGUGAAGAUAUUUAUGAAGCCAAAGAACGGAGUCAAGAACUUCACGCGACAAGAAGCCACCAAAAUGGCAGGAGAAGACCCAGAUUUUCUCGGUCGCUCCCUCUUCAACGCCAUAGAAGACGGCAAGAAGACUGGAGAUUUCCCCGAAUGGGAAGUUAGCGCGCAGAUUAUCCCACCGAACGAGGCAGAGAAGUACCCGGUCAACAUCUUCGACCCGACCAAGACUAUAUCCCAGAAGGAUUACCCUCUCAUCCCCUUCGGUAAGAUCGUUCUCAACGAGAACCCAACGAAUUACUUCCAAGAGGUCGAACAGGUUGCCUUCUGUCCGACGUCCAUCGUGCCCGGCUGGGAUAUCACUGCUGAUCCAAUCCUCCAAACUCGCCUCUUCGCCUACGGCAGCGCUGCGCGCUACCGCGUCAGUGCGAACUUCAUGCAGAACACCGCCAACCGGCCCAGGUACCACUACAACCCGACCAUCCGCGACGGCUCCUGCAUCGUCGACAACCUGGGCUCGCUCCCCAACUAUAUCCCAGGCGACCAGGACGUCGUGCAGAUCGUGACGAAGCCGUACGAAGCGCAGGAACAUAACGAGUGGGUCGGACGUGUCACGGCCUUCGACUCGGUCGUCACUCCAGACGACUAUGUCCAGCCGCGCGAGUUCUGGCUCAACGUGCUCGACAAGAAGGAGCAGGAUCACCUGGUUGGGAAUCUUGCGGCCAGUAUCGUCAAGGCGAGAAAGGAGGUGCAACUGAAUACCUUCGACAUUCUCAAGAAGAUCAACAAGGAUCUCGGCGACCGUGUCGAGGCAGAGGUGGCUGUCAUGGCCUCGAAUCCCACGGCGUCCGAUGUCGUGAAUCAUUUUAUCAAUUGA